GGCAUAUGACUCCUGUAUCUCAUCGUGCAUACCAGCUCAUACACAUAUACUUCAUUCUCUCUCUCUCUCUCUCUCUCUCCACUUUCUCUCACCUCCUAUACACACAGAAUAGUUUACACUCAUAAAUAUAUAUUCAUUUUUCUGGAGUUUUCGGCAUUUAUCAUCAGUUCUUAUUUUGAAUUAUAGUUUAUAUCUAACACGGCCGCGGAAUAGGGGGGCCGGAGGCUUGAUUGGACCAUGAAAACACAAGAAUUUGUGGCGUGUGGGACCGACCAUGCAAAUUUUCCAAGACCAAACGUGGCUUACGCCAUUGUAUAACCAUUUUUCAUAAUUUCUAGUUGUGGGUUGAAAAGAUUGGAGUAGUGGGGAUGAAAGCUUAAGUUCUUCUUCCAUGUGAAGCUUUUUCUCCUGGAGAUGAAUGCAGAGGUUGCUUCAAGUAUUGGAUUGAUGGUAGUGUUUUGGCUUUGAGUCCAUAUCUUUAGAUUGGUUCAGAGUAUCAUUUGCUUGACAGAGAGCUCGGCGCUGAGUUUUUAAUCUUAGUGGGUUUGUGUAAUCAGAAGCUUGAAGUGAAAAAGUACUAUUUCGCCAUUAAUGUAUUCUUCUCCCUUGAGGACGGGAUAUGGACGGUGUAAGCAUGAACGUCCAGAAAGAGAGUAGGAAGGACAAGAACACAGUGCAGUAUGCUACUGAAAGUCUAGAACCGAAAGGAGAAAGACUUGUUUCCAACAGAUGCGGGAGUGAAUUAGAUCCUCCGCAAGCUCCGAUAUCAAGUGUUAGAGGAUCAACAGCAAGUUCUUCCUGCCGGGAGUUGUUUCUUGCAAAUAUUCGUGGUCUCCAUAGUACUAUCCCUGAGCAAAUUAUCACAUUCGAUGAAAAGUAUGUUCUUCAUUGCCUUGAAUUGAUACGGUAUUGUGCAUUGAGUGCUGCAGCUUGGAAUUCUGUCCAGAAAGUGCGUGUUUUGCCUAAUGACUCGAGUAAUUUAGCAGAAAGCAAAACUAGAUGUUUGUAUAAUAUGGCUGGAUUAGCUAUUGAAUGUCCUUUGGUUUCUGAAACCGACGUAAUCGUUGAAUCUACUGAUGAGUGGCCUAUUGGCAGCAUCACGGGUAGCCAGAGCAUGAUAAACAUCCUGAAGAGCCCUUUGCUUAAAGAAUUUGGCUCGAAUGACUUUGAUGUCAAUUUUAGUCGAACAAGUUUAGUUGAUGCUGGCAAACCAGUUUAUUCUGACUUCCCUGGCUCUCCACGUGAUUUAAGCAAUCCGUUAUCGCAUAAGCCCCAAAAGGAGGUACCAGUUCUUGAUCAUAGAAAUGUAUCUGCACUGGGGCAUAAAAGGCUUGUUUCUAUAUCGAGCACAAACUCGAGUUCCUCUGACAAGUCAUCUUCUUCUGCAUCGGCUGCUUCAUAUCAGGGAAUGCUGCAGUGUACGUGGAAUGAUGGGUUACCGCACCAUGUUUUCAGCGUCGAUGAUAAGAACGAGGUUUAUGUAGCCAACUUGUUGAGAGUCGAGUCUUUGGAAUCCAAGGUUUUGGAUUAUGUCUACACUUUCCAUUCAAGUAAAAAAGGCAAGAAAGACUGUGAUAUUCAAGAACUCGAGCUGGAACUUGUCGGCAAGAUGCGCGUUUCUACUUCAAUCACAUUGUGUUCAAAUAAUUCAGAAGUCCGGGAGACUCAGUUUGUUCUGUCAGUUUCCAGUGAUGAUCCAACAGGGGAGCUUCAAGUCUCGACUCAUGUCCAACGGAAGAAUAAGAGAUUGACAAGUAAGGUGGUCAAUGCUCUCCUGCCCAGCCACUCUUAUAAACGAAGAUCAUCUUCGAAAUUUUGGGGGUCAAGUGCUAUUUUUGAAGAUGCUCCUUGGGAGCCAUCUGCAGACAUGCGUAACAGUGUCGAUUGGGUCAAGGCCAGAGCAGAAAACAUUUAUUUCCUGAAUCUUGAGUUGGCUGCCAUUAUCGUAAAAGACAUCUGCAAGAACCGUGAGGAGGCUGACGUAGGAGGAUGGGGGCUGAAAUUCCUCAGAAAAUCAGGGAAUGAUGCUUCUCUAGAAACUUCCGUACCUUCCAAAUGCUCCCGAGAUGAUGGGGAAUGCGCAACGAGCAUAGACGUUCUAAUUCCUGCAGGCCUUCACGGUGGACCAAGAACAAGAAUCGGUGGCCCUUCAAGUCUUACUGAGAGGUGGAUCUCUGGUGGCCGUUGCGAUUGCGGUGGCUGGGAUAUCGGCUGCCCAAUAACAGUUCUCAACAUCAGGUCAAGUAGUGCGGAUUCUUCAUCUGAGAUGGCUGAUUCAGGGGAAUGCAAGUCCACUGAUCUCUUCAUUCAGGGUUCAAAACAAGAAGUACCAGCAUUGAAAAUGGUGAAUAUCCACGAGGGUUUGUACUACAUCCAUUUCCAAUCAACUCUGUCGACACUGCAGUCUUUUGCUAUUACUGCUGCUAUUAUUCAUUCUCGUAGUCCCCUUCUUCGAUCAAAAGUGUACAGGAGCGACGGAGCUGAAAACCCAUUUAAAUGAUAAGAACCGGAACUUUAGAACCGUCUGGUCAACUUAAGAUGCUGUUGUCCACGUUUGUCCAGGACCGACCCGUGAAGGUGGGACUAGAGCAACUGAAAGGUCCGGACAUGAAAAGAACAUGUGUAGGCUGUAAAUUUCUAAUCUAGAUCAGAUUUAACCAGAUUGAAAUUAAUUAUAUGGUAAGUGAAAAAAUACACUUAUCGUGUAAUUAGUGUAACGAUGAAAUAAAAUGAUGAAUCAUAUAGUGAUAUAUAAUUUGUAUUUACUUCACUGGGAGCCACUUGACUUGGAAGGAAGCUGAUAGUACGCUGAAGAAAGGUGGAAAGUUGGGAGAGGUACGCUGAAGAAAGGUGGAAAGAUGGGAGACAUAGCAAGAUCAGAGGGAGAUUCAGAAUCCUUGCAACAAACUAGUAACCACCUCUAUAGAAAACAAACGACGCGUUGCUGAAGUUGGGAUGAUUUAUCUGAACGGAACACCGAUGUUUGGGAAUUCAUACU